AUGGCCAAAAAGUGCGUGCACAAAGGCUGCGGCCAGAACUACGACGACGACACCGAGCCCUGCGUCUACCACCCGGGCCCGCCAGAGUUCCACGAGGGGCAGAAAGGUUGGAAAUGCUGCAAGCCCCGCGUCCUGACCUUCGACGAAUUCCUCGCCAUCCCGCCCUGCACAACAGGCACGCACUCCGACGUAGACGACACACCCGCGGCGACGCCCAAAGCCGCGGAGCCGGCACCCGAGCCAGCAGCAACAGAGGCGCUGUCGGCGGCCACAGCGCCGCGACUGCCACAAGCGCAGGCCAGCGGCGCACCGACAGCGGCGGCCAAGUCGCCCGCGCCGCCCGAGGACGAGUCCGACGACGAGACGCUGCCCAUCGCGGCGGGGCAGGCGUGCCGGCGGCGCGGCUGCUCGGCCACGUACGCCGCCGGCGCCGCCCGUGACGCCGAGCUCUGCGUGCACCACCCCGGCGUGGCCAUCUUCCACGAGGGCAGCAAGGGCUGGAGCUGCUGCAAGCGGCGCGUGCUCGAGUUCGACCAGUUCAUGAAGAUCGAGGGCUGCGCGACCAAGACCCGGCACUUGUUUGUGGGGAAGAAGAAGGAGGAGGGCCAGGAGGACGUCGUCGAUACCGUGAGACACGACUUCUACCAAACCCCCACCAGCGUAAUCGCGUCGCUGUUCCUCAAAAAAAUCGACAAAGACACCAGCACCAUCGCCUUCAGCACGCCCACCAGCAUCACCCUCGACCUGCGCACCGCAGACCACAAGCGCUACCAGGCCGAGCUGCCGCUGUUCGCGCCCAUCGACCCCGAAAAAUCUGCGUACAAGGUCCUCGGCACCAAGCUCGAGCUUACGCUGGUCAAGGCGGAUGGCGCGUCCUGGCCGGUGCUGCGCGUUGAUGAUCCGCGCACGGGCGAGAUUAUCCAGACGGGGAGGGCGGGGAGGGUCGGCUAG